AUGCCCCGACGGGGGCCCGACGGCGCCGGGCGAGCCCCCCGCCACAAGCGCAGCCUGACCGAUCAGAUUCAAGACCCCGCAUCCCAUGGCGUGCGCGUCCCAAAAAAACGCGCCCUUGCCAAUGUCGACGAAGAUGAUGUCGACGACGUGAUGGGGACAGAGGUUGCGGUGCCGGCGGACCUGAGCAAUGCCAUAUUGAGGGAGGCGCGUGCGCAGCGGGAUGAGGUAGAGGCGGAAGAGAGGGCGGCCGCGGGCGGGGCGCGGCUGGAGAGCGAGGGGGCGCUGGCCGGCGGCGCGCUGAAGGCGGCACUGGAGGGAUUUGAGGACGGCGGCGAAGACCCUGAUGACGAUGAUGGUUUUGAUGGUGACUUUGCGGACAUCGAGGUCGAUGCCACAGAGGACGAUGAGAGGGCACUGAAUGCCUUCCUAGCUCCUGGUCAUGAGGACUACCGCCAGGAGACACUUGCAGAUGUGAUUCUUGCCAAGAUAAGGGAGAAGCAGAAAAUGCAGGGCAUAAGCACACCCCAAGAUGAAGGCGACCAGCAGAUCCCUUCUGGCAUUGAUGACAAGGUUGUCGAGAUGUACACCAAAGUGGGUGAGUUCAUGAGCCGCUACAAGAGUGGCAAGGUCCCCAAGGGCUUCAAGAUCAUUCCGAGCCUGAACAACUGGGAAGAUGUGCUGUUUCUGACAAACCCAGAGGGCUGGUCAGCCCAUGCAACCCUUGUGGGGACGAUCAGCUUCGUUUCAAACCUCAACGAGCAGAUGGCACAGCGCUUCCUAAACCUUGUUGUUCUUCCCAAAAUCCGAGAGGACAUUCGCACACACAAGCGUCUUCAUUUUGCCUUGUGGCAGUCACUGAAGAAGGCGUGCUACAAACCAGGGGCCUUCUAUAAAGGCAUCAUUCUGCCUUUGUGCAUGUCAGGGACUUGCGACUUGCGGGAGGCAGUGAUUUUCACCAGUGUCCUGAAGCGGGCAUCGCUGCCAGCCAUUCACUCAGCGGCAGCUCUCCUCCGCCUGGCUGACAUGCCAUACUCAGGCACCACCAGCUUCUUCAUAAGAACGCUCAUCGAUAAGAAGUAUGCCCUUCCGUACAAAGUCAUCGAUGGCCUGGUGCACCACUUCCUCAGUUUCGAGCAGGAGGAGCGCCAGUUGCCAGUGGUCUGGCACCACAGCUUGCUUGCUUUCAUCCAAAGGUACAAGAAUGACAUCAAGCAGGAAGACAAGUUUGCAUUGAAGCGGCUGAUGAAAGCUCAGUGCCACUACAGAGUAACACCAGAGAUUCAUCGGGAGUUGGACAAUGCUGUGCGCAGCAGGGAUGGUGCUGUUCGACCAAAGGGCGUGAGACACGAAAGGGGGGUGGAUGGGAUGGACAUUGAUGAGAAGGUCACAUCCAUGGUCCCAGACAAUGUCCGAAAUAUGGCGCCCAUGUUGGUGAUGGAGGACUACUGA